AUGAGAGAGAAGGGGUAUAGAGGGAGAGAGAGAGUGAGGAAUGGAGGGAGGAAUGAAGGGGAGGGUAGACUAUGUAUCAUCCUACGUAUUAGGAGUACAGUUGAAGUCGGAAGUUUACAUACACCUUAGCCAAAUACAUUUAAACUCAGUUUUUCACAAUUCCUGACAUUUAAUUGUUUAACUUGGGUCAAACGUUUCGGGUAGCCUUCCACAAGCUUCCCACAAUAAGUUGGGUGAAUUUUGGCCCAUUCCUCCUGACAGAGCUGGUGUAACUGAGUCAGGUUUGUAGGCCUCCUUGCUCGCACACGCUUUUUCAGUUCUUCCCACAUACUUUCUAUAGGAUUGAGGUCAGGGCUUUGUGAUGGCCACUCCAAUACCUUGACUUUGUUGUCCUUAAACCAUUUUCCCACAACUUUGGAAGUAUGCUUGGGGUCAUUGUCCAUUUGGAAGACCCAUUUGCGACCAAGCUUCAACUUCCUGACUGAUGUCUUGAGAUGUUGCUUCAAUAUAUCCACAUAAUUGUCCUUCUUCAUGAUGCCAUCUAUUUUGUGAAGUGCACCAGUCCCUCCUGCAGGAAAGCACCCCCACAGCAUGAUGCUGCCACCCCGUGCUUCACGGUUGGGAUGGUGUUCUUUGGCUUGCAAGCACCCCCCUUUUCCCUCCAAACUUAACGAUGGUCUUUAUGGCCAAACAGUUCUAUUUUUUGUUUCAUCAAACCAGAGGACAUUUCUCCAAAAAGUAUGAUCUUUGUCCCCAUGUGCAGUUGCAAACCGUAGUCUGGCUUUUUUAUGGCGAUUUUGGAGCAGUGACUUCUUCCUUGCUGAGCGGCCUUUCAGGUUAUGUCGAUAUAGGACUUGUUUUACUGUGGAUAUAGAUACUUUUGUACCUGUUUCCUCCAGCAUCUUCACAAGGUCCUUUGCUGUUGUUCUGGGAUUGAUUUGCAGUUUUCGCACCAAAGUACGUUCAUCUCUAGGAGACAGAACGCGUCUCCUUCCUGAGCGGUAUGACGGCUGCGUGGUCCCAUGGUGUUUAUACUUGCAUACUAUUGUUUGUACAGAUGAACGUGGUACCUUCAGGCGUUUGGAAAUUGCUCCCAAGGAUGAACCAGACUUGUGUAGGUCUACACAUUUUUUUCUGAGGUCUUGGCUGAUUUCUUUUGAUUUUCCCAUGAUGUCAAGCAAAAAGGCACGGAGUUUGAAGGUAGGCCUUGAAAUACAUCCACAGGUACACCUCCAAUUGACUCAAAUGAUGUCAAUUAGCCUAUCAGAAGCUUCUAAAGCCAUGACAUCAUUUUCUGGAAUUUUCCAAGCUGUUUAAAGGCACAGUCAACUUAGUGUAUGUAAACUUCUGACCCACUGGAAUUGUGAUACAGUGAAUUAUAAGUUAAAUAAUUGUCACGCUCUGGCUCUGGGGACUCUUAAAUGUUGAGCCAGGGUGUGUAGUUUCUAUGUUGCAUUUUCUAUGUUCAGUUCUAGCAUGUCUAUUUCUAUGUUGGCCGGGGUGGUUCCCAAUCAGAGGCAGCUGUCGCUCGUUGUCUCUGAUUGGGGACCAUACUUAGGUAGCCUAUUGGCACUAGUGGGUUGUGGGAUCUUGUUCCGUGUAAGGUAUGUUGUUUGUGUGCUACCUUGGACUUCACGUAUAGUUUGUUUAUUGUUUUGUCGUUGAGUGUUUAUUCGUUAAUAAACAUGUUCGCACAUAACGCUGCGCCUUGGUCCGUCUCAUCCGUAAACGAUCGUGACAAUAAUCUGUCUGUAAACAAUUGUUGGAAAAAUGACUUGUGUCAUGCUCAAAGUAGAUGUCCUAACCAACUUGCCAAAACUAUAGUUUGUUAACAAGAAAUGUGUGGAGUGGUUGAAAAAGUUAGUUUUAAUGACUCCAACCUAAAUGUAUGUAAACUUCCGACUUCAACUGUAUGCCACAUGUUAUCAGAUCAACAGAGCUUAGGCUCUUUAUUUGGGAAAAAUAAUAUUUUAUUUUGGAAAAAGACGAGCUCCUUUUCUUGUCUUUCCAGUUAGUGGUUGAGUUGUUUGUUAUUUGUGUUCUUGGUGUUCUGCCUCUCAGCACAGAGAGACUCCCAGUAGGAGUCAAACCAGGUUAACUAUAGAAAAGACAGGCCACGUUGGUCUUCCUUCUCUCUCCAUAUCCCCUCUCUCGCCCUUCUCUCUCCUCCUCUAUCUCCCUCUACCUCUCUACCUCCCUCGAUCUCUCGCUCCAUCCCUCUAUCAUACACACACAGGGAGAUAACUUGGAGAGUUCCAGGGUGUAGGCUUUUGUCCUAUAGCCGGUACUAACACGACUGAUACAACUGAUCAACCAAGACCUGGAUUAGUUGAAUGAGUGUGUUAGUGCUGGGCUGGAACAAAAACCUGCCCUGCACAUCCUGUAGCUCUCCAGGACCUGUAGCAGGCUGACCCCUGGUCUAAACUAGACAUUUAAACAGGAGGUAAUGUGUGGACAACACCACAAGAGUGCGCAGUGUCCUCUCUCUCUCAGUCUCCUCUCUCUCUCUCCUCAUCUCAAACCUUAGCCAAUUCACCCCCCUUUUCCUCCCUCCCUCACGUCUUCUCGCUCUCUCUCUCUCGCGCGCUCUAGUCCCUGCCAGUAGCUCCACUCCAUAGACGCAGGCGGUGCUGAAACCCUCCCAGCCACCCCUGCUGUCAGCGCUUAGCCGACCGCGGCAGCUCGCAGCUUGAGCCGAGAGAGAGAGAGCGAGAGAGAGAGGGAGACGGAGAGCGAGAAAGAUGGUUGGCAAUCUGUGCGGUCGCAAACUGGCUCGCCGCUCCAAAUCAGCGCUGAUAGUAGCGCUGACAGUUCUCCUGGUUCAGACGCUGAUCGUGUGGAACUUUAGUACCCUGGAUACCCGGGAAGAAGGGGCCAAUAGUAGCCGGGAGAAGAGGGACCAAGUCGGGGGCAUCAACAAAGCCUACAGCCAGUACCCCCGGAGCGGGCUGCCAAAGAGGCAUCACCAACCUCCGCUUGGGAAAGCGGCUGUUCGACACAAGCAACAACCCGUAAGAGUAGGGAGCGAAUUUAAGUCUACCUAUUAUUUAGCAAUAAUAACGACGAUUUUUUAAAUCGAUAACGACUAGCGUCAUUAUCAUUCAUUGUAUAUGCUACCAUUCCUGAUUCAUUUUAUAGGCUAUCAUCCCCCACUACGCGUGGUUUAUUGUAUUGUAUUGUUUUGUAUUGUAAUGUAUUGUAGGCUAAAUUGUAUUGUAGGGUGGGAAGGCUGUUAAGCAUGGAAUUGUUGUCAUCAGACGAAGGAAGAAGCCAGCGUGUAUUUGGAUGACAAAGAUGUUGCUUAGCUGUUGUUACCCAUAGAUGUUGAUUAGCGGGUGUAAACUAACCAGUCUUUAGGAAUGAGCGUGUUAUAGUAGUCUAGUGUGAUAAUGAACCAUGGGAGAAGGUUAGAGGGCGACACGGUUAAUCGGAUAGGUCUACUUUGAUGUAGAGUUUGGUAAGGCGCUCUUACGCUGCUAUAACGCCUGGCCUGUGGCUGUUUUCUAGUGACCAGCCUGGUUAUUACUGUAGCUACUGUCGGGCGCAAUCAGUGUGUGUGUGUGUGUGUGUGUUGGGCAGUCUCUGGUCCAGUGGUAGACUCGUGGACGGGAUAAUAUAGACAGACAGGUUUAGUUCAUUUAGAGAGAAAGAGAGAGAGAGAGAGAGAGAGAGAGAAGGCGGAAUAGAGGUCUGUCUGAAAGACCGACAGACGGUAUGUGCGUACGUGCGUGCCUGCGAGUGUGUGUGUUUAACAGCGCACGUGAACACUUCCUCUCUAUCGUUCUCCCAGGAUACUAAAGUUGUCCCAAACUACAGAGAACUGACUGUGAUUUUGAGGACCAUUUUUCCCCCUCCUUGUCUUCCUUCAUAUUUGAUGACAGAGUGCAUGGUUGUUAAGUGGUGUUUUAUGUCCCUGUGCAGAUCUAGGCUACUGUUGGAGGAGUGCGUGUGUCUGUGUGUGUGUGUGCAUGUGUGUGUGUGUGUGUGUGUGUGUGCGCGUGUCUGUGUGUGUGUCUGUGCCUGUGUGUUUGUGUGUGUGUGCCUGUGUGUGUGUGUGUGUUUUGAGAGAAUGAUGAUGCUAGAGGAUUGUAGCAGUCUCCUCAUCUCCUCUACCUGUCCACAUGCCAUUAUUACAUGCUGGUCCAUAUCUAUUAGAUGAUGUGUUAUACUGUAUGGUUACUAGUCCAUAUGCUAUGGUAGCCUAUAUACUGCAAGGUCGUGUGCAUGUGUGUGUGGAGGUUUCUGUCUGUGUGUGUGUGUGUGAAGUGGGGUGGGGGGGGGGGGGGGGGGUCUGUGUGUGUGUGUACAUGUGUGCGUGCGUGUGUUUGUGUGUGUGUGUGUGUUAAAGUGUGGUGCCUCUUGUAUCCUUGAUCUGUUUUUACAUCCCAUCAUUACUCUGAACUAGAUGUAACAUGUCUUGUAAUCUACAGAGAGAGAGAGAGAGAGAGAGAGAGAGAGAGAGAGAGGGAGAAAGAGAGAGAGAGAGAGAGAGAGAGGGGGGGGGGGGGGAGGUGGUAGAGGGAGAGAGAUACUGUUGGUCCACAGUCAUUGAUUUUAUAUUGUAUACCUUUGGAACCCUGUAAAAUAAUUUAACUUUGCCCAUUUUGGACUAUUUUCUACCCCCUAUUGUAGAAUAAUAGUGCAAGGACAUCCAAAACUAUGAAAAUACAACAUAUGGAAUUCAUGUAGUAACCAAAAAAGGUUAAACAAUUUUGUAUAUUUUAUUAUUUGAGGUAUUCUUCAAAAGGUUGCCACCCUUUGCCUUUGAUGACAUGCCUUUUGUACAGACAUAGUAGUGGAACCAAUCUAUAUGAAAUAGAUACUAGCUGGAUUAAAGUAGUGUCAGUGAUCCUCAUCAUAUGAACUAGAACUACUACGAGGGUUAAGUAGUGUAGUGAUCCUCUAUAUGAAUAGAUGACUAGCUGGAUUAGUAGGAUAGUUGACCCUCGAUAUGAAUAGAUAUCUAGCUGGAUUAAGUAGUAUAGGAUCCUCGAUAUGGAAUAGAUUACUAUGCUGGGAUUAGUAGUGUAGUGACCCUCUAUAUGAAAAGUAUAAUAGCUGGAUAUUAGUAGUAUAGUGAUCUAUAUGAAUAGAUACUAGCUGGAUUAGUAGUGUAGUGAUCCUCUAUAUGAAUAGAUACUAGCUGGAUUGUAGUGUAGGAACCUUCAUAUGAAUAAUACUAGUGGAUUAGUAGUGUAGUGACCCUCUAUAUGAAUAGCUACUUUGCUGGAUUAGUAGUGUAGUGACCUCUAUUAUGAAUAGAUACUAGCUGGAUUAGAGUAUAGUGAUCCUUUUAUAUGAAUAGAUACUAGCUGGGAUUAGUAGGUAGUGAUCCUCUAUAUAAAUAGAUACUAGCUGGAUUAGUAGUUGUAGUGAUUUCCCCUAUAUGAAUAUAUACUAGCUGGAUUAGUUAGUUAUGGACCCCUCUAUAUGAAUAGAUAUAGCUGCAUUAGUAGUGUAGUGAUCUCUAUAUGAAUAGACACUAGCUGGAUUAGUAGUGUUAGGGAUCCUCUAUAUGAAUAUAUACUAGCUGGAUUUGUAGUAUAGUGACCCUCCCAUAUGAAUAGAUACUAGUGGAUUAGUAGUGUAGUGAACCCUCCUAUAUGAAUGAUACUAGCUGGAUUUAAAAGUGUAGUGACCUCUAUAGAAUAGAAUUACUAGCGGAUUGUAGUGUAGUGAUCCUCUAUAUGAAUAGAUACUAGCUGGAUUAGUAUUGUGUGAUCCUCUAUAUGAUAGAUACUAGCUGGAAAUUUGUAGUAUAGUGAUCUAUAUGAAAAUAACUAGCGGAUUAAGUAGUAUAGUGAUCCUCUAUAUGGAAAAAGAUACUAGCGGAUUAGUAAGGUGAGUGUCCUCUUAUAAAUAAUAUAACUGGAUUAGUAUGGGAGGAUCCUCUAUAUUAAUAGAUACUAGCUGGAUUAAGGAGUAUAGUGAUCCUCUAUAUGAUAGAUACUAGCUGGAUUAGUAGUGUAGUGACCCUCUUAUGAAUAGAUUACUAGCUGGAUUAGUAGUGUAGUGAUCUAUAUGAAUGAUACUAGCUGGAUUAGUAGUGUAGUGAACCUCUAUAUGAAUAGCUACUAGCUGGAUUAGUAGUGUAGUGAUCCUCUAUAUGAAUAGAUACUAGCUGGAUUAGUAGUGUAGUGACCCUCUAUAUGAAUAGAUACUAGCUGGAUUAGUAGUGUAGUGAUCUAUAUGAAUAGAUACUAGCUGGAUUAGUAGUAUAGGGAUCCUCUAUAUUAAUAGAUACUAGCUUGAUUAGUAGUAUAGUGAUCUAUAUGAAUAGAUACUAGCUGGAUUAGUAGUGUAGUGAUCCUCUAUAUGAAUAGAUACUAGCUGGAUUAGUAGUGUAGUGAUCCUCUGUAUGAAUAGAUACUAGCUGGAUUAGUAAUAAUAUAAUAAUAAUAAUAAUAAUAAUAAUAUGCCAUUUAGCAGACGCUUUUAUCCAAAGCGACUUACAGUCAUGCGUGCAUACAUUUUUUUUGUGUAUGGGUGGUCCCGGGGAUCGAACCCACUACCUUGGCGUUACAAGCGCCGUGUCUACCAGUGAGCUACAGAGGACCACAGUAGUAUAGUGAUCCUCUAUAUGAAUAGAUAACAGCUGGAUUAGUAGUGUUUGUGUCCUCUAUAUGAAUAUUUAAAUAGCUGGAUUUGUAGUGUAGUGAUCCUCUAUAUGAAUAGACUAGCCCGGGAUUAGUAGUAUAGUGAUCCUCUAUAUAAAAGAUAUAGUGGAUUAGUGUGUAGGAUCCUCUAUAUGAAUAGAUACUAGCUGGAUUAGUAGUGUAGUGAUCCUCUAUAUGAAUAGAUACUAGCUGGAAAUUUGUAUUAGUGAUCCUCUAUAGAAUAGAUACUAGUGGAUUAGUAGUAUAGUGAUCCCUAUAUGAUAGAUACUAGCUGGAUUAGUAGUGUAGUGAACCUUAUAUGAAAAUACUAGCUGGGAUAGUAGUGUAGUGAUCCUCUAUAUGAAUAGAUACUAGCUGGAUUAGUAGUAUAUGAUCCUCUAUAUGAAUAGAUACUGCUGGAUUAGUAGUGUUUGUGAUCCUCUAUAUGAAUAGAUACUAGCUGGAUUAGUAGUGUAGUGAUCCUUUAUAUGAAUAGAUACUAGCUGGAUUAGUAGUAUAGUGAUCCUCUAUAUGAAUAGAUACUAGCUGGAUUAGUAGUGUAGUGAUCUAUAUGAAUAGAUACUAGCUGGAUUAGUAGUGUAGUGAUCCUCUAUAUGAAUAGAUACUAGCUGGAUUAGUAGUAUAGUGAUCCUCUAUAUGAAUAGAUACUAGCUGGAUUAGUAGUGUAGUGAUCUAUAUGAAUAGAUACUAGCUGGAUUAGUAGUGUAGUGAUCCUCUAUAUGAAUAGAUACUACUGGAUUAGUAGUGUAGUGAUCCUCUAUAUGAAUAGAUACUAGCUGGAUUAGUAGUGUAGUGAUCCUCUAUAUGAAUAGAUACUAGCUGGAUUAGUAGUGUAGUGAUCCUCUAUAUGAAUAGAUACUAGCUGGAUUAGUAGUGUAGUGAUCCUCUAUAUGAAUAGAUACUAGCUGGAUUAGUAGUGUAGUGAUCCUCUAUAUGAAUAGAUACUAGCUGGAUUAGUAGUAUAGUGAUCCUCUAUAUAAAUAGAUACUAGCUGGAUUAGUAGUGUAGUGAUCCUCUAUAUGAAUAUAUACUAGCUGGAUUAGUAGUGUAGUGAACCUCUAUAUGAGCCAUGAUACAAUUCCAACCAAGUUGGUUAACCCUAUUGGUGCAGCCUUUCAAGCCGGAGGCCCGGGUUUGCUUCCUGCUCCCUCUGUUCACUACCAUUAUCUAAAUAACCAGCACCCCUCUGUUCACUACCAUUAUCUAAAUAACCAGCACCCCUCUGUUCACUACCAGUAUCCAAAUAACCAGCACCCCUCUGUUCACUACCAUUAUCUAAAUAACCAGCACCCCUCUGUUCACUACCAUUAUCUAAAUAACCAGCACCCCUCUGUUCACUACCAGUAUCCAAAUAACCAGCACCCCUCUGUUCACUACCAGUAUCUAAAUAACCAGCACCCACUCACCCAUUAUCAAUGAUUUUCUUCUAUUUGUGUUCUCGUAUUGAGGUUCAAAUCAUGUAGAUAGCCUGCGUUGCUGAGUGGUGGGGGUGUUACCCAGCAGAGCAGUGUGUGUGUGUCUCAUUACCUGGUUCCGUCAAAGCUGCCACUGUAACACAGGGAAAAUAAAUACCUCGACCACAGUUUACCUACAUACCUGGCUACAAUGUCUCUCCAGUUUACCGACAUACCUGGCUAUAAUGUCUCCACAGUUUACCUACAUACCUGGCUAUAAUGUCUCCACAGUUUACCUACAUACCUGGCUAUAAUGUCUCCACAGUAGCUACUACAUGCCAGGAAUACAGUGGGCACAUACACAGUCACACACACACACAGUCACACACACACACACAGUCACACACACACACACAGUCACACACACACACACACACAGUCACACACACAAUGCCACCUCUGUUUGUGUGUGUGUAUGUGUGUAUGUGUUCCCUCCCAGCAUAGGAAGGUAUGGUGACCGCGAGGCAGAGCAGUUGUUUACGUUAGUCCGAGCUGAUGGGGCCUUAACACAACUCUGGCAUUCAUUCACUGCUGCCUCUGACAAACACACAGUCACACAUGGGAUUAUCACAUGAUCAACGCUGGAUUAGAUUACAAAUCAUAUUACACAUCAGUUCCAAUCGCAUAGUCUGAUAUCACUAACCUGUGUGUGUCUUAGUGUGUGUGUGUGUGUGUGUGCGUGUGUGUGUGUGUGUGUGUGUGUGUGCUAUGAAUGCAUAUAUGUGUGUGGGUGUUUGUGUGUGUGUGUGUGUGUGUGUGUGUGUGUGUGUGUGUGUGUGCUAUGAAUGCAUAUCUGUGUGUGGGUGUUUGUGUGUGUGUGUGUGUUUGUGUGUGUGUGUGUGUGUGUGUGUGUGUGGUGUGUGUGUGUGUGUGUGUGUGUUAUGAAUGCAUAUCUGUGUGUGUGUGUGUGUGUGUGUGUGUGUGUGUGUGUUUGUGUGUGUGUGUGUGUGUGUGUGUGCUAUGAAUGCAUAUCUGUGUGUGGGUGUUUGUGUGUGUGUGUGUGUGUGUGUGUGUGUGUGUGUGUGUGUGUUAUUUGUCCCAUACUAUCAAGCUAUUUCCUGUAGUGUAUAGUUUUUGGCGCCCACAGCUGCUUAUUCCAACCCUUAUUCCAACACACACACACACACACACACACACACACACACACAUACACACAGACAAAUUUGAAAAAAAUCUAUUUUGGUUAUUGAACUACAGUAAGUGAAGUGGAUUUACACCCGGUAACAGACUUGCGGUAACAGAAUUUCAUCAUGGGUCCCUGAUCUGUACUACUCAGAAAUGCAUAAUUAUGGAUAUAAAUGUAAUUCUCUUCAUGGUGAUGCGUCCUAAAUAGAUAUAUAUAUAUAAUAUAAAUGGGUACACAAAGGUAGAAAUAUGCAAAAUCCUGAUUUGCAUAUUUGGGUAUUAUUCUUCACACUGGCUAUUAUUUUAAUGAGCUCCGCCCCCAAACAAGAACACAUUUGGUUGGUCUGGCCCGGACCAAAUCUGAACCAAUCAGAGACGUCUGUAGAGUACGGUAGAGUAUAGUUCAGUACAUUAUAGUUUACUCAACUCUAGUGUGCUCUACUGUAUACUGUACUAUACUCUAUUCUACUGUACUAUACUCUAUUCUACUGUACUGAACUAUACUCUACUGUACUGAACUAUGCCCUACUUUUACUGUACAAAUGGGCGACAAGUAGCCUAGCGUUUAGAGCGUUGGGCCAGUAACCCAAAGGUCGCUGGUUCGAAUACCUGAGCCGACAAGGUGAAAAAUCUGUCGAUGUGCCCUUGAGCAAGGCACUUAACCCUAAUUUGAUCCAGAGGCGCCGUACUACUAUGGCUGACCCUGUAAAACAACACAUUACACUGCACCUAUCAUACUACUAUGGCUGACCCUGUAGAACAACACAUUACACUGCACCUAUCAUACUACUAUGGCUGACCCUGUAGAACAACACAUUACACUGCACCUAUCAUACUACUAUGGCUGACCCUGUAAAACAACACAUUACACUGGACCUAUCAUACAACUAUGGCUGACCCUGUAAAACAACACAUUACACUGCACCUAUCAUACUACUAUGGCUGACCCUGUAGAACAACACAUUACACUGGACCUAUCAUACUACUAUGGCUGACCCUGUAGAACAACACAUUACACUGCACCUAUCAUACUACUAUGGCUGACCCUGUAAAACAACACAUUACACUGCACCUAUCAUACUACUAUGACUGACCCUGUAAAACAACACAUUACACUGCAAAUAUCAUACUACUAUGGCUGACCCUGUAAAACAACACAUUACACUGCACCUAUCAUACUACUAUGGCUGACCCUGUAAAACAACACAUUACACUGCAACUAUCCAGUGGAUGUGACAAGAAAACAUCUUAUUUUGUUAUUUUUUUACUCUGUGAUGUCCAAACUUGUGAAACAGACGUCUGAACUGGACCAAAUCUGAACUAAUCAUCAUGGACAUCUAUGUUUGGGCCAAAUGAAGGUCGGUCCAGACGUCUGUGGACGUUGAAAUCAAGGCCAGGGCGGACUUUUCAACGUCCAUGGACGUGCUCAGUGGGUGAGGAUGCUGGUUACAGUAAAUGGAAAGAGAGUGGGCUCAUGGGUAGGUGUCAGUAAGAGGGAUUGGAGAGAAAUUACUUGGAGAGAGAGAGAGAGAGAGAGAGAGAGAGAGAGAGAGAGAAGGCCUGUGGUGUUGAUGGUAUCCUCAAUGAAAUGAUAAAAUAUACAGACCACAAAUUCCAAUUGGCUAUACUUAAACUCUUUAACAUCAUCCUUAGCUCUGGCAUCUUCCCCAAUAUUUGGAACCAAGGACUGAUCACCCCAAUCCACAAAAGUGGAGACAAAUUUGUCCCCAAAAACUACCGUGGGAUAUGCAUCAACAGCAGCCUUGGGAAAAUCCACUGCAUUAUCAUUAACAGCAGACUAGUUCAUUUCCUUAGUGAAAACAAUGUACUGAGCAAAUGUCAAAUUGGCUUUUUACCAAAUUACCGUAUGACAGACCACGUAUUCACCCUGCACACCCUAAUUGACAAACAAACAAACCAAAACAAAAAUUUAUUUUUAUUUUGUCAUUUAGCAGACGCUCUUAUCCAGAGCGAUUUACAGUUAGUGAGUGCAUACAUUUUUCAUGCUGGCCUCCCGUGGGAAACGAACCCACAACCCUGGCGUUGCAAGCGCCAUGCUCUACCAACUGAGCUACAGGGGACCCCUGUAUAUGCACAGAAACACUUCCCCAUAGGUUGAUGUAGAAGUCAAACACAAAGCUCAUGGAACGUACACAGAUUACAGAAAGCUCACACACAAAUAACACUACAUACAGUUCUCAGUAUUGUGCACUGAAGUAGCAUACGGUAUUGAAACACACAUACUUUGUUGAUUUAAAAAAACGUUUGACUCAAUUUGGCAUGAAGGGUCUGCUAUACAAAUUGAUGGAAAGUGGUGUUGGGGAAAAACAUACAACAUUAUAAAAUCCAUAUACACAAACAACAAGUGUGCGGUUAAAAUUGGCAAAAAAACACACACAUUUCUUUCCACAGGCCCGUGGGGUGAGACAGGGAUGCAGUUUAAGCCCCACCCUCUUCAACAUAUUUAUCAAUGAAUUGGCGAGGGCACUAGAACAGUCUGCAGCACCCGGCCUCACCCUACUAGAAUCUGAAGUCAAAUGUCUACUGUUUGCUGAUGAUCUGGUGCUUCUGUCCCCAACCAAGGAGGGCCUACAGCAGCACCUAGAUCUUCUGCACAGAUUCUGUCAGACCUGGGCCCUGACAGUAAAUCUCAGUAAGACAAAUAUAAUGGUGUUCCAAAAAAGGUCCAGUUGCCAGGACCACAAAUACAAAUUCCAUCUAGACACCGUUGUCCUAGAGCACACAAUUGCCGUUUUUUCUGAAAUUCUGCUACCGAUUCGAGUUUUAAUCACUUAAUAAUUCAUAAACAAAAUUGAUAUCAGUAAAAACACUAAUUGAUAGGUCGACCUUUACUGGUUACUUCUGUGAACUUUCAUUAUCUUCCCUCCUCAUGAGGGAGAGAAAUUAGAAAAUAUCUUAAAGAUAUGUGGGUUUUUGGUAACGGAAUGUCAAGGCACAAAGCAAUGUUUCUUAAAAGGCACAAGGCAAUGUUUCUUAAAAGGCACAAGGCAAUGUUUCUUAAACUUACAGUAGGCAGAAACAAUUACCCCAAACGAAAUAUGUGUUGAUAUUAGUUGGCAGGGGUCUUCAACAUUAUUGUGUUUCUAAUACCUUUUAAGACUUUUUCUGGUAGAUGUUGUCUAAGACCUUUUUUCCAUCUGUUUGACAAGAAAUCAAAGCCUUUGCUUAUUCAACAAAUAUUUGGAUGGAAAAUGGUUGAAAAAUGUAUAUAUGCCUUAAUUUCCCCGAAAUAUAGACUCUUAGCUUUUAUUUGACACCCAAUUUGUAGUGUUGAGUGAUUAACCGAAAUGUUGGUUAUUUUUUGGUUUUUAAACAACUAAUUGAGCUACGACAGUUCAAUUAUUUGAAUUCCAUUUCAUUCUUUUUUUUUUCUUCUGUGAGCUCAAUGACACAUCGUUGCACUAGAGAUAAAUCAGAUCCAGCCUGAACUGUGCGAUAUAGUAGGGAGUUGUAGUUUCUCUAGAGAUAAAUCAGAUCCAGCCUGAACUGUGUGAUGUAGUAGGGAGUUGUAGUUUCUCUAGAGAUAAAUCAGAUCCAGCCUGAACUGUGUGAUAUAGUAGGGAGUUGUAGUUUCUCUACAGAUAAAUCAGAUCCAGCCUGAACUGUGUGAUGUAGUAGGGAGUUGUAGUUUCUCUAGAGAUAAAUCAGAUCCAGCCUGAACUGUGCAAUAUAGUAGGGAGUUGUAGUUUCUCUAGAGAUAAAUCAGAUCCAGCCUGAACUGUGUGAUGUAGUAGGGAGUUGUAGUUUCUCUAGAGAUAAAUCAGAUCCAGCCUGAACUGUGCAAUAUAUAGGACAUAGACAGCAGUCGGGAGAGGACGUGUUUUUCUCUAGCUCUCUAGCUCUCUAGCUGGAGGUAAGCAAACUUCUCAUUUGGUGUUGAGUAUAGCUUAACCAUGCAUUAGAUCGUAGGUUGGUAGUUAGUUGUAGUUAGGUAUUGUAUUUAUUAUAGGUUAGUAUUGUUGUUGUUGUAUGUUUCCGUAGGUUAUUGUAGGUUAGUAUCGAAGCACGAGGCUAGCUAGCUAGCGGGUAGCUACUGGUAACGAUUAGCUGUCCCACUGUUAAAUGUGCUUCUAGCCAACGUUUAAUUUUUGCUGCGUUCUGCGUUAUGUAAGGAACUAGACACGGACAUGAAUCAUCUGUUUAGUGUGCUAACACACUCUUGGCAGUUUGUUGUAACCAAGUAUUGGUGCUAAUUGUGUGUUAAUGGAUGCUAGCUUGCUAGUCAGCUACGGCGUCAUAGCUAGGUAUCGUGGGUUAUUGUAGGUUUCCGUAGGUUAUUGUAGGCUAGUAUUGAAGCUCGAGGCUAGCUAGCUCUCUAGCUGGAGGUAAGCAAACUUCUCAUUUGGUGUUGAGUAUAGCUUAACCAUGCAUUAGAUCGUAGGUUGGUAGUUAGUGUAGUUAGGUAUUGUAUUUAUUAUAGGUUAGUAUUGUUGUUGUUGUAGGUUUCCGUAGGUUAUUGUAGGUUAGUAUCGAAGCACGAGGCUAGCUAGCUAGCGGGUAGCUACUGGUAACGAUUAGCUGUCCCACUGUUAAAUGUGCUUCUAGCCAACGUUUAAUUUUUGCUGCGUUCUGCGUUAUGUAAGGAACUAGACACGGACAUGAAUCAUCUGUUUAGUGUGCUAACACACUCUUGGCAGUUUGUUGUAACCAAGUAUUGGUGCUAAUUGUGUGUUAAUGGAUGCUAGCUUGCUAGUCAGCUACGGCGUCAUAGCUAGGUAUCGUGGGUAGCUACUGUGUCUUGGCAGUGUCUUCCGCCGUGCCGGCUGUAGCACGAAGCGAGCUAAUUAGCCGUUUUUUCGAACAGAGUCAGAGUCAACACAGUAGCCAUUGUGUGCCGGGUGUAGCACGAAGCUAGCUAGCUAGCCGUUCUUAAAACAAAGCCAACACAGUGGCCAUUGCUAGCUACCCAGCACGACCUAGCUACCCAGCACGACCAGCGAACGGUACGGUAGCAGCUAAUUACAAUAUACUUGUCCUAGCUAGCCAAUGUUGAAUCAUUGCUGCGUCAUGAAAGGAACUUGACACAGACACGAAUGAUCUGUUUAGUGUGUUAUCACACUAUUGGUGGUUUGCUGUGACCAAGUGUUUGUGCUUGGCUGUGUGUUACUGGAUGCUGGCAUGCUGGUUAGCUAGUUAACACACUAUUGGUGGUUUGUUGUGAGUAUUUGUGCUUAACUGUGUGUUAAACUGUGUGUUAUUGGAUGCUAGCAUGCUAGUCAGCUAUGGUGUCAUAGUUGGCUAGCUGAAUAAAGUGGGUUUGAGUUUAUUCCUUUAAACAUUGAACAACUGUUCAGUGAAACAAUUUUAGUUUCUGAGGUAGAAGUUUUUGGUGAGGGAGGCCCCCCUCUCUCCUCUCCCAGAUGCUUAGCUCAUUUCAUUCCGAUCUCCUCUGCAUUUUUGUAGCCAUUUGCUACAGCCUGUCAACUAUGCCUCUGCCUAUCCCUGUUCUCUCGUCUCUGCACAGGCUACACAAACAACGCACAACAUCGCGCGGCUGCUGCCUCUCCAACCUGGUGGUCCCUGCUCGCACCCCUCACCUGGAGUUCCAGGUCGCAGGCAGCCUCUGGAACUGCCGUUCUGCUGCCAACAAAGCUGACUUCAUCCCAGCCUAUGCCAACCUCCAGUCCCUCGACUUCCUGGCGCUGACGGAAACAUGGAUCACCACUGAAAACACGGCUACUCCUACUGCUCUCUCCUCGUCUGACCAUGUGUUCUCGCAUACCCCGAGAGCAUCUGGUCAGAGGGGUGGUGGUACAGGAAUCCUCAUCUCUCCCAAGUGGACAUUCUCAAUUUUUCCCCUAACCCAUCUGUCUAUCUCCUCAUUUGAAUUCCAUGCUGUCACAGUCACUAACCCAUUUAAGCUUAAUAUCCUUGUCAUCUAUCGCCCUCCAGGUUCCCUUGGAGAGUUCAUCAACGAGCUUGACGCCUUGAUAAGUUCCUUUCCUGAGGAUGGCUCACCCCUCACAGUUUUGGGGGAUUUCAACCUCCCUAUGUCCACGUUUGACUCAUUUCUCUCUGCCUCCUUCUUUCCACUCCUCUCCUCUUUUGACCUCACCCUCUCACCGUCCCCCCCUACUCACAAGGCAGGCAAUACGCUUGACCUCAUCUUCACUAGAUGCUGCUCCUCUACUAAUCUCACUGCAACUCCCCUCCAAGUCUCCGACCACUACUUUGUUUCCUUUUCUCUCUCGCUCUCCUCCCACACUACUCACUCUGCCCCUACACAGAUGGUAAUGCGCCGCCGCAACCUUCGCUCUCUCUCUCCCACUACUCUCUCCUCUUCCAUCCUAUCAUCUCUUCCCUCUGCUCAAUCCUUCUCCCUCCAAUCUCCUGAUUCUGCCUCCUCAACCCUCCUCUCCUCCCUUUCUGCAUCCUUUGACUCUCUGUGUCCCCUAUCCUCCCGGCCGGCUCGGUCCUCCCCCCCAGCUCCGUGGCUUGAUGACUCACUGCGAGCUCACAGAACAGAGCUCCGGGCAGCGGAGCGGAAAUGGAAGAAAACUAAACUCCCUACCGACCUGGCAUCUUUUCACUCCCUCCUCUCUACAUUUUCUUCAUCUGUUUCUGCUGCUAAGGCCACCUUCUACCACUCUAAAUUCCAAGCAUCUGCCUCUAACCCUAGGAAGCUCUUUGCCACAUUUUCCUCCCUCCUGAAUCCUCCUCCCCCCCCCCCCCCCCACCUCCUCUCUCUCUGUGGAUGACUUCGUCAACCACUUUGAAAAGAAGGUUGACGACAUCCGAUCCUCGUUUGUUAAGUCUAAUAACACUGCUGGUCCUGCUCACACUGCCCUACCCUAUGCUUUGACUUCUUUCUCCCCUCUCUCUCCAGAUAAAAUCCUGCGACUUGUGACUGCAGGCCGCCCAACAACCUGCCCGCUUGACCCCAUCCCCUCCUCCCUUCUCCAGACCAUCUCCGGUGACCUUCUCCCCUACCUCACCUCGCUGAUCAACUCAUCCUUGACCGCUGGCCAUGUCCCUUCCGUCUUCAAGAGAGCGAGAGUUGCUCCCCUCCUCAAAAAACCAACACUCGACCCCACUGAUGUCAACAACUACAGACCAGUAUCCCUUCUUUCUUUUCUUUCCAAAACUAUUGAGCGUGCCGUCUUUAGCCAACUCUCUUGCUAUCUCUCUCAGAAUGACCUUCUUGAUCCAAACCAAUCAGGUUUCAGGACUGGUCAUUCAACUGAGACUGCUCUUCUCUGUGUCACGGAGACUCUCCGCACUGCUAAAGCUAACUCUCUCUCCUCUGCUCUUGUCCUUCUAGACCUGUCUGCUGCCUUUGAUACUGUGAACCAUCAGAUCCUCCUCUCCACCCUCUCCGAGAUGGGCAUCUCCGGCGCGGCUCACUCCUGGAUUGCGUCCUACCUGACCGGUCGCUCCUACCAAGUGGCGUGGCGGGAAGCUGUCUCCGCACCACGUGCUCUCACCACUGGUGUCCCCCAGGGAUCGGUUCUGGGCCCUCUCCUUUUCUCCCUAUACACCAAGUCACUUGGCUCUGUCAUAUCCUCACAUGGUCUCUCCUAUCAUUGCUACGCUGACGAUACACAACUAAUCUUCUCCUUUCCCCCUUCUGAUAACCAGGUGGCGAAUCGCAUCUCUGCAUGUCUGGCAGACAUAUCAGUAUGGAUGACGGAUCACCACCUCAAGCUGAACCCUGGCAAGACGGAGCUGCUCUUCCUCCCGGGGAAGGACUGCCCGUUCCAUGAUCUCGCCAUCACGGUUGACAACUCCGCUGUGUCCUCCUCCCAGAGUGCGAAGAGCCUAGGCGUGACCCUGGACAACACCCUGUCGUUCUCCGCCAACAUCAAGGCGGUGACCCGCUCCUGCAGGUUCAUGCUCUACAACAUUCGGAGAGUGCGACCCUGCCUUACACAGGAAGCGGCGCAGGUCCUGGUCCAGGCACUUGUCAUCUCCCGUCUGGACUACUGCAACUCGCUGUUGGCUGGGCUCCCUGCCUGUGCCAUUAAACCCCUACAACUCAUCCAGAAUGCCGCAGCCCGUCUGGUGUUCAACCUUCCCAAGUUCUCUCACGUCACCCCCCUCCUCCGCACACUCCACUGGCUUCCAGUUGAAGCUCGCAUCCGCUACAAGACCAUGGUGCUUGCCUAUGGAGCAGUGAGGGGAACGGCACCUCUGUACCUUCAGGCUCUGAUCAGUCCCUACACCCAAACGAGGACAUUGCGUUCAUCCACCUCUGGCCUGCUGGCUCCCCUUCCUCUGCGGAAGCACAGCUCCCGCUCAGCCCAGUCAAAACUGUUCGCUGCUCUGGCACCCCAAUGGUGGAACAAGCUCCCUCACGACGCCAGGACAGCGGAGUCACUCACCACCUUCCGGAGACAUUUGAAACCCCACCUCUUUAAGGAAUACCUGGGAUAGGAUAAAGUAUUCCUUCUAACCCCCCCCCCCCCCCCCCCCCCCCCCCCCCCCCCCCCCCCCCCCCCCCCCCCCCCCCCCCCCCCCCCCAAAUUGUAAAGUGGUUAUCCCACUGGCUAUAGGGUGAACGCACCAGUUUGUGAGUCGCUCUGGCUAAGAGCGUCUGCUAAAUGACGUUAAUGUGCCCUUGAGCAAGGCACUUAACCCUAAUUGCUCCUGUAAGUCGCUCUGGUUAAGAGCGUCUGCUAAAUGACUAAAAUGUAAAUGUAAAUGUAAGUUGUAGUUUCUCUGGAGAUAAAUCAGAUCCAGCCUGAACUGAAUUGAGGUAAUAUGUACAUGUGGGUAGAGUUAAAGUGACUAUGCAUAAAUAAUAAACAGAGUAGCAGCAGCGUAAAAGAGGAGGGGUGGGUGUGGGGGGGCAGUGCAUAUAGUCCGGGUAGCCAUGAUUAGCUGUUCAGGAGCCUUAUGGCUUGGGGGUAGAAGCUGUUGAGAAGCCUUUUGGACCUAGACUUGGCACUCCGGCACCGCUUGCCGUGCGGUAGCAGAGAGAACAGUCUAUGACUAGGGUUGCUGGAGUCUUUGACAAUUUUGAGGGCCUUCCUCUGACAUCGCCUGGUAUAGAGGUCCUGGAUGGCAGGAAGCUUGGCCCCAGUGAUGUACUGGGCCGUACGCACUACCCUCUGUAGUGCCUUGCGGUCGGAGGCCGAGCAGUUGCCAUACCAGGCGGUGAUGCAACCAGUCAGGAUGCUCUCGAUGGUGCAGCUGUAGAACUUUUUGAGGAUCUGAGGACCAUGCCAAAUCUUUUCAGUCUCCUGAGGGGGAAUAGGCUUUGUCGUGCCCUCUUCACGACUGUCUUGGUGUGUUUGGACCAUGAUAGUUAGUUGGUGAUGUGCACACCAAGGAAUUUGAAGCUCUCAACCUGAACCGUCAAUGAGAAUGGGGGCGUGCUCAGUCCUCUUUUUUUUCCUGUAGUCCACAAUCAUCUCCUUUGUCUUGAUCAUGUUGAGGAAGAGGUUGUUAUCCUGGCAUCACACGGCCAGGUCUCGGACCUCCUCCCUAUAGGCUGUCUCAUCGUUGUCGGUGAUCAGGCCUACCACUGUUGUGUCGUCAGCAAACGUAAUGAUGGUGUUGGAGUCGUGCCUGGCCAUGCAGUCAUGGGUGAACAGGGAGUACAGAAGGGGACUGAGCACGCACCCCUGAGGGGCCCCCGUGUUGAGGAUCAGCGUGGCAGAUGUGUUGUUACCUGCCCUUACCACCUGGGGGCGGCCCGUCAGGAAGUCCAGGAUCCAGUUGCAGAGGGAAGUGUUUAGUCCCAGGAUCCUUAGCUUAGUGAUGAGCUUUGAAGGCACUAUGGUGUUGAACGCUGAGCUGUAGUCAAUGAACAGCAUUCUCACGUAGGUGUUCCUCUUGUCCAGGUGGGAAAGGGCAGUGUGGAGUGCAAUAGAGAUUGCAUCAUCUGUGGAUCUGUUGGGGCGGUAUGCAAAUUGAGUGGGUCUAGGGUUUCUGGGAUAAUGGUGUUGAUGUGAGCCAUGACCAACCUUUCAAAGCACUUCAUGGCUACAGACGUGAGUGCUACGGGUCGGUAGUCAUUUAGGCAGGUUAUCUUAGUGUCCUUGGGCACAGGGACUAUGGUGGUGUGCUUGAAACAUGUUGGUAUUACAGACUCAGUCAGGGACAUGUUGAAAAUGUCAGUGAAGACACUUGCCAGUUGGUCAGCACAUGCUCGGAGUACACGUCCUGGUAAUCCGUCUGGGCCCGCGGCCCACCAGGUUUUCAUAAUGCCCCGUGGCUGUCUUCCAUUUGUCCCCUUCCUUGACAUGCACCAGGUUGUAUGCACUCCUGAGAUCUAAUUUCGUGAAGAAGCGCACCCCAUGCAUUGAUUCGAUCACAGAGGAAAUGAGGGGUAGAGGAUAACUAUAGCGAAUUGUAAUUGUAUUAAGUGCACGGUAAUCAAUGCAAGGGUGCAGACCCCCUUUCUGUCACGCCCUGGCUCUGGGGACUCUUAAAUGUUGAGCCAGGGUGUGGAUUUUCUAUGUUUAGUUUUCUAUGUUUUUUGUUCUAGAUCGUUUAGUUCUAUGUUGGCUAGGGUGGUUCCCAAUCAGAGGCAGCUGUAGCUCGUUGUCUCUGAUUGGGGACCAUACUUAGGCAGCCUGUUGGCACCAGUUAGUUUGUGGGAUCUUGUUCCGUUAAGGUUUGUUUUGUUAACCUAGGACUUCACGUUAUCGUUUGUUUGUUGUUUUGUGUCGUGAGUUUAGUACGUAAUAAAAUGUACGCUUAUCACGCUGCGCCUUGGUUCCACGAGUCAUCAGUCAACGUUCGUGACACUGUCUUUCUUCUUCACGAAAAAUAAACUUGAGGAGGCGGGUGAAGUGGAGGGACGUAUGAACCCCUGACUUAGGGACUCGGAGACGUAUGAUUCCAUAGCCUCCGUUUCAGCCUGCGACAGGGGAUAUACAUGACUCCUGGGCGGCACAGCGUCUAACCGGAGGUUUAUGGCACAAUCCCCCCAGCGAUGGGGUGGUAAUUUGGUCGCCUGCGUUUUGGAAAAGGCAUGCGCCAAAUCGAGGUAUUCGGGGGGAAUGCGCAUUGUCUGGACUUUCCACCGUGGUCGCACCAACGGAAACAGCUAGACACCUACCCUGACACUCUCGCGACCACCCCGUGAGAGCCCUCUGCGGCCAUGAAAAGGUGGGGUCGUGUAGUGCUAGCCAGGGAAGGCCCAACACAACAGGGAAAUCAAGGGACUCAAUAAUAUGAAACGUGAUUUGCUCGUUAUGGGUCUCCUGCGUAAUCAUAGUGACUGGUGCGGUAACCUCCCUAACAAAACCUGACCCUAAUGGUUGAUUGUCAAGUGCUUUGAUGGGCAAUGGAAUAGACAGGGGAACCAAUGUAAUACGUAGACUAGAGCUAAAGACCUGUCCAUAAAGUUCCCAGCUGCGCCUGAAUCUACCAGCGCCUUACAUUGGGGAACUACCGUGUAAUCAGGGAAGUUGACGUGGAUGGUUAAAUGCGCAGCACAGGGCUCUGAACGAGUGUGGGUUUGUGCUACCUGGGGUGACGCGAGAGUGCCCUGCCUGCCGCCUCCAGAACCAGAAGAACUCUGACGACAUCAUGCAGCAGAAUGUCCUCUUCUGCCACAAGAGUGACACUGGAUCUGUCGUCCUCCAUUCUCCCGGAACGCUGCACCACCCAGCUCCAUUGGAACGUGAGCCGGGGUGAGGGGCGGUGAAACGGGAAGGCCCCAUCCAGGAUGUCCUCUCGAAGCCAGCAUGUUGUCCAACCGGAUGGCCAUGUCCACCAGUUGGUCGAAGGUCAGAGUGGUAUCCCGGCAGGCUUGCUCCCUUCGGAUGUCCUCACGCAGGCUGCAUCGAAAAUGGUCGAUGAGGGACCGCUCGUUCCACCCAGACCCAGCCGCUAGGGUUCUAAACUCCAGGGAAAAGUAUUGCGCAGUCCUCGUCCCCUGCCUCAGAUGGAACAGACGCUUGCCCGCCUCUCUUCCUUUGGGGGGAUGAUCAAAGACUGCACGGAAGAGGCAAGCAAACUCUCUGUAGCUGUCCAACACGUCUCCUCCUUCACUCCAGACAGCGUUGGCCACUCCAGGGAUUUCCCAGAGAGGCAGGAGACGAGGGUGGACACCUUCUCCCGAUCCGAAUUUGAAUAUUUAAACAAUGUUACAAAUGUCAGAGCGAUAGACAGCAAGGUUUAUAGAAAUCUCCGCUGUUGAAACGAAAAGUUACUCUAAAAGAAAUGUGAGAUCAAGUUUAUAAAUUGCUUGGCUGGGCUGAUGAGACAGUGAAUUGCGCAGUCAGAUGGAACAGAGUAAAUAGGCAUUUUAACUUAAUAGAUUUAGCCGGUGGUAACUUGUGAAAUAGACACCAGCUGGAAUGCGGUUUUAACCAAUCAGCUGUAUCCAGGCACUCCACGUUGCGUCAGCGAUAUACCACACCUCCUCUGGCCUUAUUGCUUAAUGAUAAUGCUUAUUUGGAUGUCAACCCCAAUACAUGUUCAUGUCAUCGUCACCGAUCAACUGCAUUACAUUUCAAAACGACUUUGACUACCACCGCCGAUUUCUGUAUGCUAGCUAUGCUACCAGCUUAUACGAAUGGCAGUUAGCAUUUAGCAGUCACUUCUUCUAAACCUGAAAAGGGACAACUUCUAAAUGUUAUGCAGCGAAAAACAGCCAAAUAUAUAUAUCCAAAUCAGACUUUGUUAACCACAUUGUGGGCCUGUUUCAAUACAUAAAUCAGGACGGACUUCAGGUGACUAGUCAUCACCUUUGUGCACAAAACAUCCAUAUAAUUUUUUUACGUCACUCACAGCCGAAGAUAUUAACAUUUUAGAUUCAUCCAAUAUCUGCCAUGUUUUUGGACGACGUGCGCACUAGCACUCCCUGAGAGAGAGAGAGAGAGAGAGAGAGAGAGAGAGAGAGAGAGAGAGGAGGAGAGGAGAGAAGGUCGGACAUCUGGACGAGAGGAGGAGAGGAGAGAGCGAGAGAGAGAGAGAGAGAGAGAGAGAGAGAGAAGGAGAGAGAGAGGAGAGAGAGAGGAGAGAGAGAGAGAGGAGAGGAGAGAGAGAGGAGGAGAGGAGAGGGAGAGGAGAGGGAGGGGAGAGAAAGAGAGCGAGGGGGGGAGGAUGAGUGAGAGAGACAGAGAGAUAUCUCCCAGAACAAAGUGAAGUUUCUCAUUUACAUCUGAUAGCAACAGAACAUUUUAUUUCUGAGUUUGUCAUAUUGUAUUCUAUUCUCAGGCAUGUCACAAUGAGAUUGUAAUCUCUCUACUCGUUAGCCCUACUACAGAUAACACCCUCUCUAUUCUGGACCUCUUCCUAUAAUUUGAGUUAAUAUCUAGCUGUAAUAUCUACGUUGUAAUAUUCAAUUUCACUUCACCUUGGCCUGUGUGUGUGUGUGUGUGUGUGUGUGUGGUGUGUGUGUGUGUGUGUUGAUUGUGGGUGUGUACAGUGAAAGGUUGUUUAUCAGAGUUGGUUGGUAUCGGAAUCUUUUUGGCAGACUCUUUCAGUAACCCCAGAAAACUCAACAAGCCCUUCCAGCUGUGUGUGGUGUGUUGUGGUGUGUGUGUGUGUGUAUGUUUGUGAGGUGGUGACCAGUAAGUAUAUAGUGUUAUCAGAGUUGGUGCGGAAGGUCUCUUCAGUACACUAGAAUUUCUAGCGAGCAAACCUUCAUUUUGAGUACGAUGAGAUGUGUGUACAUGUGUACAGGCUGUACACAGUAAAGAUAGUAUCAGAUGUGCGGAAGGCUGCUAGCCGCAGAGUCUGUUGCCUAUGAAAUCCACACCCGUCCAGUGUGUGGCGUGUGUGGUUGUGUACGUGAUUGACGUGCACUAUCAAGCGCACCACGCAACACAGACGUUAUACCCUGUACCUGUUGCAUGCGUAGAUCAUUUUGAGAGGACACCUUUCAUCUUAGUACAGAACAGACACAGAACACACAGAUAUUCGAAGAGGCAGCAGGUACAGGGCCAGGCAACCACGACAGACAAAGCGACUAGAUAGAAUACAGACACACCACCACGACACACGAGACACACACUAACCCGACUAACCCGGCAAGCUAGGAAGUAGAGACAGACCAUACGCUGAACAGACACAGAACACACAAGCAGACAGACAGACCAACAGAAAGAGACAGCAGGGGCGAGAAGGAGGACAGAGAGAGCAGUAGGAUCGGAAGGCAAGAGCGAGGGGGACCAAAGCAAAGGAGGGAAGGGAGAGGGAGACGGGACAAGCAGACAAAUUAGACUACUUAUGUCAUUAAUUAUUUAGGAGUGCAUGACGUAUGGUCUGUAUACUAUGAGUUUUCGUUCAUGACAGACCGCAGCAACCGCACACAAAAUAUAUAGAAUUAACAGACAGAGAAACAACGUGGCUGGAUCGAGGGUAGACAUAUGCAGCUAAGGGAGUGUUGGUGUGAGAGGGAGGGGUGGCACCUAAAGAGAAGUGGGGAGAGAGAGGGGAGACGGGACAGACAGGACAAUUAGACUUCUUAUUUCAUUAAAUUAUUUAUUGUUGGUUUGCUUGCUGUUUUGUCUUGUAUCUAUGUUUUUUUUCUGUUUUUCAUGCACCCCAGCAGCCCCCCAAAAUAUAUAUAUAUAUUAUUUUAAAUAACAGUAUUGAAAAUCAUACCGUCUGCAUUUCGGUAUUUCAUAUACGGUAUAAACAGUAUAUCGCCCAAGCCUAAUAUAUAUAUCUACAUAUUUAUCUGUAUAUCUCUCUUAUACAUACAGGUAUGGAUACAGGUAUGGAUAUAUACUCAUUCUCUCUGUGUCUCUGUCCUACAGAACUCAGCGUACUCUCUUUUCCAAUUGUUACACUGACUACUCUCUCUCACUUUCCCUCCUCCCCCUCCUCUUCCCUCCCCCUCCCCUUAAUCACUCUCUCCUCCCCUCUCUCCCCCCCUCCGUCCCCCCUCUUUCUCCCUCCUCUCUCUCUCUUCUCCAGGAGGGCUACCACUCCUGGCGGCCCAAGGAAAAAGUCUUCCUGGAUAGUAACAACAAUGAGAACUCGGUCCCCAAAGACUUUGACACCGUUGUCGACAGCAACAGCAACCUUGGGGCGCGUUCACAGUCUCAGCGCCUGCGAACGGCAGGAAACACAGCCAAGCACAAACCGGACAAGGCCCUAACGCAAGGCAUUCUGGGAAAGGCCUUGCCCAACGAGGUCAACGAGGUCAAUCAGCAGUACCCUCUUCCUCCACAGCAGCUCAAACCACACAGACCACACCCCACUAAACCUUCCCUCUCUCCCUCCAUCAAAACAUCCAAUCAGCAUCAGCGACAUCACCAACCCAGGAAGUCGGUGACUUCAGCUCCUGUGUUGGGGCAGCGGAGGGAGCAGCACCAGUGUGAGAUCAGUGGGAAAGAGGCCAUCUCGGCUCUGUCCAGAGCCAAGACCAGGGAGUGUCGUCAGCAGAUAGCUGAGGUGUACUGCAGACACAAGGAGAGGACACUGAUGCCGGAGACCGUCCCUCGAUACUGCACCCUAGAAGGUGAGUCUCAUAGAGAAUGCGUCCCAAAUGGUACCCUAUUCCCUAUAUAGAGACCUACGUCACCAGCCUCAGUGAGAAGGGGCUGCCUCAGUGAGAAGGGGCUGCCUCAGUAAGAAGGGGCUGCCUCAGUAAGAAGGGGCUGCCUCAGGGAGAAGGGGCUGCCUCAGUAAGAAGGGGCUGCCUCAGUAAGAAGGGGCUGCCUCAGUAAGAAGGAGCUGCCUCAGGGAGAAGGGUCUGCCUCAGUAAGAAGGGGCUGCCUCAGUAAGAAGGAGCUGCCUCAGUAAGAAGGGGCUGCCUCAGUAAGAAGGGGCUGCCUCAGUGAGAAGGAGCUGCCUCAGUGAGAAGGUGUUGCCUCAGUGAGAAGGAGCUGCCUCAGUGAGAAGGGGCUGCCUCAGUGAGAAGGUGUUGCCUCAGUAAGAAGGGGCUGCCUCAGUGAGAAGGUGUUGCCUCAGUAAGAAGGAGCUGCCUCAGUAAGAAGGGGCUGCCUCAGUAAGAAGGGGCUGCCUCAGUGAGAAGGAGCUGCCUCAGUGAGAAGGUGUUGCCUCAGUGAGAAGGAGCUGCCUCAGUGAGAAGGGGCUGCCUCAGUGAGAAGGGGCUGCCUCAGUAAGAAGGGGCUGCCUCAGUAAGAAGGGGCUGCCUCAGUAAGAAGGGGCUGCCUCAGUAAGAAGGGGCUGCCUCAGUGAGAAGGAGCUGCCUCAGUGAGAAGGUGUUGCCUCAGUGAGAAGGAGCUGCCUCAGUGAGAAGGGGCUGCCUCAGUGAGAAGGUGUUGCCUCAGUAAGAAGGGGCUGCCUCAGUGAGAAGGUGUUGCCUCAGUAAGAAGGAGCUGCCUCAGUAAGAAGGGGCUGCCUCAGUGAGAAGGAGCUGCCUCAGUGAGAAGGUGUUGCCUCAGUGAGAAGGAGCUGCCUCAGUGAGAAGGGGCUGCCUCAGUGAGAAGGGGCUGCCUCAGUAAGAAGGGGCUGCCUCAGUAAGAAGGGGCUGCCUCAGUAAGAAGGGGCUGCCUCAGUAAGAAGGGGCUGCCUCAGUAAGAAGGGGCUGCCUCAGUAAGAAGGGGGCUGCCUCAGUAAGAAGGGGCUGCCUCAGUAAGAAGGGGGCUGCCUCAGGGAGAAGGAGCUGCCUCAGUGAGAAGGGGUUGCCUCAGUGAGAAGGGGCUGCCUCCGUGAGAAGGGUCUACCAGUAAUAGACAGUAUACAAACAGAACACAGACAUCAUACAGAAUAUACAAUAGCAGAGCAGUGAACAUAAAACAUACAUCUCUGGAGUAGAGGCUGAUUGCAGUGGGAAUAUACAAUUUACAGAGGGGAGAUACACUGAUUGUUCAUAACAUUAGGAACACCUGCUCUUUCCAUGACAUAGACUGAACAGGUGAAUCCAGGUGAAAGCUAUGAUCCCUUAUUGAAAUCCACUUCAAUCAGUGUAGAUUAAGGGGAGGAGACAAGUUAAAGAAGGAUUUUUAAGCCUUGAGACAAUUGAGACAUGGAUUGUGUAUGUGUGCCAUUCAGAGGGUGAAUGGGCAAGACAAAAUAUUUAAGUGCCUUUGAAUGGGGUAUGGUAGUAGGUGCCAGGCACACCGGUUUGUGUCAAGAACUGCAACGCUGCUGGGUUUUUAAUGCUCAACAGUUUCCCGUGUGUUUAAAGAAUGGUCCACCACCCAAAGGGCAUCCAGCCAACUUGACACUACUGUGGGAAGCAUUGGAGUCGACAUGGACCAGCAUCCCUGUGGAACUCUUUCAACACCUUGUAGAGUCCAUGCCCUGACGGAUUGAGGCUGUUCUGAGGGCAAAAGGGGGUGUAACUCAAUAUUAUGAAGGUGUUCCUAAUGUUUUGUACACUCAGUGUAUCUAUAUUGAAAACAAAAAAAACUGUUUUAAGUGAGAAGUAGGCAUUGGUCUGAAGCCGAAAAAGAAAGGAAAUUCAGAAUGCGUACUUGACCCAUGCACUACCAAGGUUUUCCAGCACACAGCUUUGACCUACCACAGUAGCUAUGUUGGGCUAUUGUACUUCCAACAAUAUGUAGGCAGGUUUCUUACGAUUCAAACCUUCUCAAACAGCCUAAUUCAUAUUCUUAGAGGAGGUGCUCCCAAAAUAAAGUGAUUUGUACCACAUACAAGGGAGUGUAUUGCAUUCUUCCCACCCCACUCUAAGACAUUACUCCAUUCCACUACCUUUUGUCUCCUCCCCUUGUCCACUCUCCUUGUCUCCUCUCCUUGUCUUCUCUCCUUGUCUUCUCUCCAUGUCCACUCUCCUUGUCUCCACCCCUUGUCUCCUCUCCUUGUCUCAUCUCCUUGUCACCUCUCCUUGUCUCAUCACCUUGUCACCUCUCCUUGUCUCCUCUCCUUGUAUAAUAUCCUUGUCUCCUAUCCUUGUCUCCUCUCCUUGUCUCCUCUCCUUGUCUCAUAUCAUUUUAUUUUCUCCUUGUCUCCUCUCCUUGUCUCCUCUCCUUGUCUCAUAUCCUUUUAUUUUCUCCUUGUCUCCUCUCCUUGUCUCCUCUCCUUGUCUCCUCUCCUUGUAUCCUCUCCUUGUAUCCUCUCCAUGUCUCCUCUCCUUGUCUCCUCUCCUUGUCACCUCGCCAUCCCCAGAGGGAAGAGAGGAAGGAUUGAUGAGAGGGAGAAAGGCAGGUCAUAAGGAAGGGAGAGAAAGUGAGUUAGAGAGAGAGACUGAUGACAGAGGCAGAAAGAGUUCUUGUCACCACGGAGACAAAAGUCAGGGCUUUCCCGAGGGUUCCGGCUAGAACUCCCCCGUCGAGGCUGCCUUGCCAGUGCCUGAUCUAUUUAGGGAACAUUCCACCCCAUUCACUGCUCUACGCUUGUGUCCCAAACAGCACCCUAUUCACUAUAUACAACACUACUUUUGAUUUUUUUUUUACGAUAUAGGGAUUAGGGUGCUCUGGUCAAACGUAGUGCACUAUAUAGGGAAUAGGGUGCUGUUUGGACUGCAGCGUAUACUACUCUACUUACCAUAGGGCAGUGCCCACGCCAAGCCAGUGUAAUUACACACUAGUUAGUACAGGAGUUAGAUAGAGAAGUGCUGAGUAAAGCCUGUGUGUGUGUGUGUGUGUGUGUGUGUGUGUGUGUGUGUGUGUGUGUGUGUGUGUGUGUGUGUGUGUGUGUGUGUGUGUGUGUGUGUGUGUGUGUGUGUGUGGUGGGGGGGGAGGGCAGAGCUUGACUAAAGAUAGACUCUGCCAUCCAACCGCCCAGAAAGUUUAA